GAAGUAUAUAUCUGUCCAAAACUCAAAACUUUAUAUCAUCACGUGGAAGACUUGAGCUUGGUUUGUGACUUAUAUGGUCUUUUUUUGCUGGGAUUUGUCACUUAUAUAGACAUUUAUACGAAAUAAUUAACUUAAUUAACCCAAUUAAAGUUAUCGAGCACUACUAAUGUUCAAAUCUUUGAAUAAGUUGAGGACGCCUAAAAAAAGUUGGCGAUCGAUUUCUCUGAAAUUUCAUUUCUGUACCAAUGAAAUAUAAAUAUUAUAUAAGCUUAGAAGUUGUAAGAGUGUUGAGGUUGCAAGGAACUUUCGGUUUUCUAUAUAUCAAAAUCUACAGGUGAUUGCCUUUUCUUUUAUUCUGAUAACCAUGAGCAGAACCAGCAACAAAUAUCUUCAGAGACUACCGAUGGGUAUGGGUAUGGUCAUGAUCUUCUUCUUCUACUUCAUUGAAAUCACCUACGAACAAAGGCCACCUCCUUACAUCCCUGUGGAGAACAUAAUUAUCGACUGUGGAUCUUCAGGAGAACACAUUGCAAAAGAUAAACGGAGCUGGAAUGGAGACAUAGACUCCAAAUUUUUUCCUUUAGAAGGCCAAAAUAAAGCAUCAGCCCCCCUCAAAGCGGUGGAAAGAACAAUUGCGUUGGACCCAGUCCCGUAUGAAACAGCACGGCUCUCGCUUUCUGAAUUCACCUACACGGUACCAGUAACCCCAGGCCCAAAGUUCGUCCGGUUGUACUUCUUCUCAGCAACAUACAGAGAUUUUAAUCGCUCAAAGGCCUUCUUCGAAGUCAGGAUCGACAAAUAUACUCUGCUAAAAAACUUCAGCGCUUCUCUUACUGCUGAUGCUCUUAACAUAGAUGGUAUAGAGAAAGAAUACAUUUUGACAGUGGAGAAGUCACCCAUGAAGAUAACUUUCACUCCUACAUCUUCUCAGGCAGGUGGAGCUUUUGCUUUCAUCAACGGCAUCGAAAUAGUAUCCAUGCCCUCUGCUCUAUAUUAUUCAAAUGGCCGUGGCCUUGCUAUUGUGGGACAGGAAGGUCGCUUCUUCACCCUCACAAACAACACGGCUAUGGAAACUAUGUAUCGAAUAAAUAUUGGUGGCAACACUCUCUCCCCCAUCGACGACACCGGCAUGUUUCGUCAAUGGAACACGGAAGAAGAGUACCUGGUGAGUGAAGGGCUGAGCGUUCUACCAGUUGCCCAUAAUACCACAACUCCGCUGAAAUUCAGAGAUAAUAUUUCAUCUUAUGCAGCACCUGACAGUGUCUAUAAAACCGGCCGGUCUACAGGAAAUAAGCCCAAUAAAACGUUACUGAGAAGUUACAAUCUCACUUGGGAAUUUUCUGUGGAUUCCAAAUUUAGAUACAUGUUGAGAUUGCACUUUUGCGAGAUUAACAAAGAGUUUACUGAAGUCGGCGAUCGGGUCUUUUAUAUUUAUAUAGCAGAUGAUAGAGUUGAGAAAAAAUUCGAUAUUAUCAAUUUUGCUCAUGGUCAAUAUGUACCUUACUACAAAGACUACCUAUGGUUUGGUAAUAAUAGCGAUCAAAAGAAAGUUAAGCUCUCUGUAGCUCUGCAAGCAAACCCGGAUGAUUAUCGGACGACUUUUGUGGAUGCAAUUUUGAAUGGACUGGAGAUCUUCAAAUUGAACGAUGACAGCAGUAAUCUUGCCGGUCUAAAUCCCGACCCUACUAAUCGUACCGCAAUUGCCCGACCAUCCACAGAUGCGGAGAAGGGGAAAAGCAGUCUAAUAACUAUUAUUGGGGUCGUUUUAGGCGUAGCUGCCGCCAUAGUUAUGCUCUCCGUUCUGGGAUUCUUCAUUAUCCGGCGUGGGAAAAAAGUCAAAGACGCCGCCAGCACUUCGGAGAAAACUUCUUGGUGGGGCCCCAUUUCUUUUAGCACGACCAGGUCAAGCAAAACCCGAACUUCAUCUUCGUUACCGUCCGAUUUGUGUCGUUACUUUUCAUUGGCUGAGAUCAAAGCCGCCACAAACAACUUUGAAGACAUUUUCAUUAUUGGAGUCGGAGGGUUUGGUAACGUGUACAAGGGGUACGUCGACAAUGGGACAGUCCCAGUAGCCAUCAAACGACUGAAGCCCGAGUCAUCACAAGGGUUUAACGAGUUCAAGACGGAGAUCGAGAUGCUCACCCAUCUCCGCCAUCGGCAUCUCGUGUCUCUGAUUGGCUACUGCAACGACGAACGUGAAAUGAUCCUGGUGUAUGACUACAUGGCGCAAGGGACCCUCCGCAGCCAUCUCUACAACACCGAAAACCUACCUCUCGGGUGGAGACAACGGCUCGAGAUUUGCAUUGGAGCGGCGCGUGGUUUACACUACCUCCAUACAGGUUCGAAGUACACGAUCAUUCACCGUGACGUGAAGACGACAAAUAUUUUGCUGGAUGAGAAAUGGGUGGCCAAGGUUUCCGAUUUUGGCUUGUCCAAGACGGGCCCCACUAGCAUGUCUAAGGCGCACAUUACCACAGUGGUCAAGGGUAGUAUCGGAUAUUUGGAUCCGGAAUAUUAUAAGCGUCAACAGCUGACGGAAAAAUCCGACGUGUACUCAUUUGGUGUCGUUUUGUUUGAAGUUCUUUGUGGUAGGCCACCGAUAGUAAGAACCGCAGAGAAGAGACAAGUGAGCUUGGCGGAAUGGGCCCGUUGUUGUUAUCAAAAGGGCACGCUUCAUCAGAUCAUCGACCCACAUUUGACGGGUAGGAUUGCGCCAGAGUGCUUAAAGAAGUAUGGUGAUAUUGCAGUGAGCUGUAUGCUGGAUAAUGGCACCGAACGACCUUCAAUGAACGACGUCGUGUGGGGCCUUGAAUUUGCCAUGCAGCUACAGAAGAACGCAGAGGACAACGACAGCGUAGGUGGUGCAUUAAUCAAAAUGAAGGGUGAGGACGAAGUCGCUUUAAUAAAUAGUAACAGUAACAGUGACUGGGCAUAUAAUAAUUGUAGCUCGGAAGACGGGACUGAGUCAAAAAGUAGUGGCGUGUCUAAAUUACUCAACAUUAGUAGUGAGGAAGAUUCUACUACGAAGGAGUCCAUGAAAGGGUUGUCUGGGACUGUGUUCUCCGAGAUCAAUGAUCCAAAAGGGAGGUGAAUAAAGCAAGGUAUAUAUUGAUGGUGAUUAGUGGUGAACUGGUGAUCGUCAAUUAAAAAUUUGUUAUUCAUGUUUUCCAGUUUUUUUUUUUGGGAGAAUACUUUUCAGUUUGUUGAGCUUAAGUAAUUGGUCUUGUGUUGUAUCACUUUCUUAGAGUACGUGGUAUUUUGUAUCUGAAAUAACUCCAAAAUAAAGUAGUUAAGAUAUUGUAAUUUAAA